AUGUAUGUUGGAUACCUGUUGGAUAAAGAAGGAAGCAUGUACCACCAAGGGCCCGUAAGACGCUCCAGCAUCAACCUCCCUCCGCAGAACUUUGUUUCUACGCCACAGUACUCCGACUUUACCGGAUACCAUCAUGUGCCCAACAUGGACACGCACGCACAGUCCUCGGGGGCCUGGGGGUCUCAUUAUGGCGCACCUAGGGAAGACUGGGGCGCGUAUGGACUCGGACCUCCGAACAGUAUUGCAACGCCUAUGAGCAACUCGUCGCCCGGACAGGUUUCUUACUGCUCUCCUGAUUACAAUCCUAUGCACCCUCCAGGAUCUGCAGUGUUACAGCCGCCUCCAGAGAAUAUUAAUGUUGCUCAGCUAUCCCCCGACAGAGAAAGACGUAACUCCUACCAGUGGAUGAAUAAAACGGUCCAAUCAUCAUCCACCGGAAAAACGAGGACGAAGGAGAAAUACAGGGUCGUUUACACUGAUCACCAAAGACUGGAGCUGGAAAAAGAGUUUCAUUACAAUCGAUAUAUCACAAUAAGAAGGAAGUCUGAACUGGCGGUGAACCUUGGCCUUUCGGAGCGACAGGUGAAGAUCUGGUUUCAAAACCGUAGAGCCAAAGAGAGAAAAUUAAUCAAAAAGAAGAUGGGCCAAUCUGAUGGAAGCGGGGGGUCAGUGCACAGUGACCCAGGAUCUGUGAGUCCGCUGCCGGUACCCGGGUCACUGAGUCCGUCGGAUAUUCACAGCUCUCUGUACCCACCCCCAGGAAUGAACACCUUGCCACCAAUUGGAAAUAUACAGCAAGUGACUGUUACUCUGUGA